AUGCCGAAAGAAAAAAAAGAAAAGCUCUCGUUCCAGCUCAAAACGCCCAAAGGAACGCGUGACUGGUCUGGUCCUGAUGUCCUUCUCCGCGACCGCAUCUUCAGCACCAUCACCACCGUCUUCCGUGCCCACGGCGCCAUCCAGCUCGACACCCCCGUCUUCGAACUCAAAGAUGUCCUCUCCGGUAACUACGGCGAAGAUUCUAAACUCAUCUACGACCUGCAGGACCAGGGUGGAGAACUAUGCUCGCUACGAUACGAUCUCACCGUGCCAUUCGCGAGGUGGCUGGCCAUGAACACCGACAUUAAAAGUGUGAAGCGAUAUGCGAUCGCGAAGGUCUAUCGGCGAGAUCAGCCAGCAAUGGGCAAGGGGAGGAUGAGGGAGUUCUAUCAGUGCGACUUUGACGUGGCGGGCCAGAGUGGUGAUCCAAUGGUGGCAGAUGCGGAGGUGCUGAGGAUUGUCAGCGAAGUGUUUGAAAAUCUAGGUUGGCGGGGGAGAUAUACCGUCAAGAUCAACCACCGGAAGAUUCUCGAUGGACUGUUCGAAGUAUGUGGGGUACCGGCGGAGAAGAUCAGGAGUAUCAGUUCGGCGGUGGACAAGCUGGACAAGCUGCCAUGGAGUGAGGUCAGGAGAGAGAUGGUGGAGGAGAAGGGAUUGGAUGGAGAAGUAGCAGACAAGAUCGAGGAGUAUGUCACAUUAAAAGGUGGCCGAGACCUGUUAGACAAGCUGAAAGCCAACGAGAGACUGAUGGGCAAUGCAAAGGCCAAAGCUGGAAUCGAAGACAUGUCUCUUCUGCUGGACUAUCUCCAAGCCUUCGACGUCCUGGACAAAAUGUGGUUCGACCUCUCCCUCGCCCGGGGACUCGACUACUACACUGGCGUUAUCUACGAAGUCAUCACCGAAGGUUCCGCGCCCGCCAGCCUAUCAGCCACCCAAAACGGUGGCGAAACAGCCAAACAGCUCCAACGCUCCUCGAAGAAAGCAAAGAAAGCAGACGCGAUCGACGACGACGACCGCUCCGACGACCCCUCCAUCGGCGUGGGCAGCGUUGCGGCAGGAGGCCGCUACGACCACCUGGUCGAGCGUUUCCUCCCCAAGGCGCAAAUGCCCUGCGUCGGCAUCUCCUUCGGCGUCGACCGCAUCUUCAGCAUCACCAAAGCCCGUAUGGAAGCGGAAAAUCAACUCGAUUCCUCCUCCGUGCGCCGCGCCACAGAAACCGACGUCUACGUCAUGGCCUUUGGCGGCAAAGGCUUCGACGGCAUGCUCCCCCAACGCAUGGCCAUCUGCAAAUCCCUCUGGGACGCCGGGAUCAAGGCCGAGUUCUCCUACAAAGUCAAAUCGAAACUCCAGGCUCAAUUCAAGGCCGCGGAGAGCGAUGCAAUUCCCUAUGCUGUUAUCCUGGGAGAAGAAGAACAAGCGGCAGGCAAGGUCAAGAUCAAGGAGAUGGGGCUGCCGAGUGAGCAUCCGGAGAAGGAUGGCGUCUUGGUUAGUAUCAGCGAAUUGCCCGUGGAGGUGAAGAAGCGGCUGGCGAAGAGGGCGGGCACUAUGGCGCAGUUGGCGGAGAUUAUUGGGAAGACGGAGACGCUGAACGUGAAGGACAGUGGUGGGAGCGGGAGUUCUCAGCCACCGCGGCAGCAGGGGCAGCAGCAGGAGGAGCAGCCGCGAAAAGGGGAGGUGAGGACGGGAGAUGAUGGUGUGUGA